UGUUUUCGUUGCGAUGAGGUGGGUCAUAUAGAAGCUGAGUGUCCCAACAAACCCAAGCCCAAACCAUGCUCGUUUUGUGCUCAAACUGACCACGAAAUGUACAGGUGUCCUCUGAAAGUGGUUUGCUUUAACUGUGGAAUACCAGGACAUCCUUCACGGGCAUGUAAUAUGCCGCGGGGUCUGCCGGAACGCCGAGUUUGUUCGAUUUGUUUUCAUUGUGGUCGACCGGGGCAUUUUUUGUGCAAAGAAAUGCGCUGGUAUUUCGGUUUGGAGGGCGUAACUUGCGCAAAUUGUGGGCAAGCGGGACACAACAUCUUUGAUUGCAAG